UUCUUCUUCUUUCUUCCGUGUCCCUUUAAUUGUUUUAUUCGGGGUGGCCAGCCAAUUCUAAGUGAUAACGUUGCUGGGUCAAGGAGCCGCUGAUUUCUAUUUAUUAGCCAAAAUUAGAGAAUUUGAGUUGUAGAAUAAGUUAGAAUUAAAAAGGUUAGAUUUGGAAUGCCAAAGGGAAGGAUUAAAUGUGAAACAGGUCAGUGUAAGCCAGUACUGUUCACUAGGCUACUCCCCGAGUUUAAUAAGAAUAAUGUAGACUCGGUCUUUUCACACUUUGAGAAGUUAUUGUUACAAAAGUGCCAGUCGAACAAUGGGCCCUUGUACAGAGUACAUUUAAAGGUAAGGCCCAAGAAAAGUUGAAGUCGUCAUCAAGAGACUGCCAUGAUUAUAAGAAUGCCAAAUGUACCAUUUUGAAGAGUUAUCCUUUGGUCCCAGAACAUCAUAGGGAAAAGUUCAGAUUGUUUGGCAGAUAGGUGGUGGUGUCCCUAGAGUUUGUUGGAUGAUCACAAUCAACAGUGGAAUGUGUCCGUUGUACCUGACAGUUUGUCUUAAAGAGGUUGACCUUCCUGGUAGUAUCUCAUAAAGAGGUUGACCUUCCCAGUCAACAAAAUUGUGGUCCAUUUAGUGUCUCUCGUACUGUAUGUUUGUCAGUACAGUUUUACAUACAGAUAUCCUGAGAGGUCCAUCUCUUAUGGAUUAGUAGAGGAGGAAACCGGAGUACUAUUAUCCAGAGAAAACCUGCGAUAAAUAAUCGGCACCAGCUCACUCACACCUGAUCUGGGGAGUCACUGGUGAGAGAAAUGAUGUCAGUGCGAAAAGAUGUCACCCACAUGAUGGUGAGGUAUAUCAAGUAUCGCCAACUAUUCACCACUUCUUGGCAACAAAAAAUGCCAAAAGUCAUUGAUAAGAUCGUUCUAACAAGUACAGCAGACGACUUUGGACUGUUAUCAGUUCAAGAAAAACAUUCUCCCUGCAUUAGCUGUCUCUCUCCUUCAAGGUCAAGUUUUGUCCAGUUGUGGUCACUUACCCCUCAGAGGAAUCUCUGGGGCUGGCUUAAUGCUAUCUUUAACAAAGUUGAUGAAAGUCGAAUUAAAGAUGUAGGUCCUGAUCGAGCCUGUGCUGAAUGGUUGCUGCGGUGUGGAGCCUUUGUUAAGUGGCAAAACAGUGAGAAUUGGACCAAAGACUACAAUACCUUGCCAGCAACUGGUGGCAGAUUUCUCAAAAUAGAAGAAAUUGAUGCAACUGACUCUGCAAUAAUGCACAUUGGUUUUCCACAUUUCCGGGGUUGCAAGCACAUACGUCGUAUAGUGUUUCAUAAAGCAUCGUAUCUAGAUGAUUUAGGAUUGAGCCAGUUGCUGUUGUUGCAGAACUCCCUUAAAGAACUUCAGAUAUCCUCCUGUGGCAAUGUUACAUCUGAUGGACUAAGGAAUUUGAAGAAGUUGGAAAAUUUAGAAUACUUGCUUCUGUAUGAUCUCCCAGAGAUACGUGACAAGAAUAGUAUGCUGCAAGAACUAAAAGAGGCCCUUCCAAAUUGUGUUGUGGAAUUUCCAUAUGCACUGGCCAAAGAUGACCCAAAUGUAAAAACCAAAGAAGGAAGUGAUGAGUAAACUAUUGAAAUGUGUAUAUAUGGGUAAAAGAAAUGUGCCUAGGGGUAUGUAGUGCCUUGUGCUGUGCAGUACAAUAUUUAACUUCGUUAGAUACACAGUACAGUAUCUAAUAAUAUGGGCCAAUUACCUGAGUAGUCCACACAUUAAUCUGUGAUACAUAGAUUACCCAAAUAAAGUAGGAUGAUGUUCCAUAAAUCAGCUGUGUACUUAUUCAAGAAAUGCUAAAUCAACUUUUGGUUCAGAGUAAUCAAAAGUUUUCAAAUAAAAUUUAUUACUGACCUUCA